AAGCAACUAACUACUGGAGCAGCAGCGUCUGCAGACAAGUCCUGUUUUUUUUUUCAUGUGAAUGCUUUGGGAACAGUUUCCACGCGAUGGUGAAUGAAUUCAAGAUGGGACGGAUGAUAAAAUUUCAAACUCACGACCAGUCAGUGUAAAGUUAAACAUCAUCAGUAGCGGUGGGGUCAUUCAGGUGCCUGUGAGGUGACGGAGGACCCAGAUCUGGAUGUAUGAGACGGCUUCAUGGGCCUGAAGGACCAUCUGGAGGAUGGGACAGGCCACAUCCUCAGUCUGGGGCUGGAUCUGGACUACCUCCACGUGGAAGGUGCUGAGCGUCAAGCUGGACCGGGCCUUGUGACGUCCGCUGGGAAGAUAGUUAGAUCCGACGCCCACGGAAGCAGCAGUAACAGCGCUGGUAGCAGUAACACUAGUUUUAGUACUCGUUCAAGCUAUAGCAGCAGUAGCAGCUGCAGUACUUUUUCCGAGGAGAGCGCCAUCUCUGACAGCGAAGAUGAACGUCUCCAAACUGGGUCCGAAGCUAAAAACCACAGAGAAUCCCCCUCAGCCUGUCAGCCGGCCAGGCUGGACCUGGCACCAAAUCAACCCCCUGGAGAACCCACACCGCAGGACACAUUGCCCACCACCGACCCCAUCACCGACUGCCGCACCAAGGUGGAGUUUGCUCUCAAGCUAGGCUACUCUGAGGAGCUAGUGCUGCUGGUCCUGAGGAAACUGGGCCCAGACGCACUUAUUAAUGACAUUCUGGGAGAGUUGGUCAAACUGGGAACCAAGACAGAGAUGGAGCAGCAAGGAGGCCCAACUGUCUCCCAUUCUCCCUCUUCCUCUUUGUCUUCGUCUUUUGCCUCGUCCACCUCGUCCUCCAACUCCUCUCUGGACUCCUGCCGUCUGCUGUGUCAAUCCCAGCUAGUGGACAACAAAGAAAACCUCCGGCCUGUUGUUGUCGACGGGAGCAACGUCGCCAUGAGUCAUGGAAAUAAGGAAGUGUUCUCGUGCCAAGGCAUCCAGCUGGCGGUUGAUUGGUUCUUGGAGCGAGGCCACCGCGACAUCACAGUUUUCGUCCCUGCCUGGAGGAAGGAGCAGUCCCGACCUGAUGCUCUCAUCACAGACCAAGAGAUCUUACGGCGACUGGAGAAAGAGAAGAUCCUGGUUUUCACUCCAUCUCGACGCGUGCAGGGCCGUCGGGUGGUUUGCUACGACGACCGGUUCAUCGUGAAACUGGCCUACGAGUCCGAUGGAAUAAUCGUCUCCAAUGACAACUAUCGGGACCUAGCCAACGAGAAACCAGAGUGGAAGAAGUUCAUUGAUGAACGCCUGCUGAUGUACUCAUUUGUGAACGACAAAUUCAUGCCACCUGAUGACCCACUGGGACGCCACGGACCAAGCCUGGAGAACUUUCUGAGGAAGAGACCUGUCAUACCUGAACACAGGAAGCAGCCAUGUCCUUACGGGAAGAAGUGCACAUAUGGCCACAAGUGUAAGUUUUACCACCCCGAGAGAGGCAGCCAGCCCCAGCGUGCCGUAGCCGAUGAGCUCCGAGCCAGUGCCAAAAUUUCAUCAGUUGCUUCCAGAGGCCUGUUGGAACACACCUUGAUGGUGAAGAGCCAAAGUGCUGAUCAAUCAGAAGGAAUGGUUGAGGCUGAACCACGCCAGGGAGCCAUAAAUAAACAACCUAUCCAGAUGCCUCAGGCUGCCUUCACCGAACUCAUGGAUGACAGAUUUAGGGUUCACGCCAAAGUGGAGGGACGUAGGGGAAGCAACAGCAGCAGCAGCAGCAGCUGUAGUGGCAGCACUGUAGGCCAUCCUGCUCCAGGUGGACCUCCUUCAUCGGGACGUUUGGACCGAUGGGAGCUCCCUGGGGGAAGUAGUGGAGCCAACUCCAGGGUUGCUGGAGUCUUAGGAUCAAGCCAGGCUGAGACCUACUACAGAUGCGAGUCUCCAGAGAUGGGAUACAGCUCCCUUGUGAAGUCCUAUUCAAGCCUCAAUCUUGCAGUGCCACAAACCCCUGAAUGCUUCUUUCCAGCUGAUCUGCGAGCAAGUUCACUGCUGUCAGACUGUAGCAGCGAAGGCAGCGUCAGCUCAGACUCUUUCUCCCCUGACCCCGUCUUAGACGACAGCCCCCAGUGUCACCACCACCAUCACCACCAUUCUGGCCAGUACACCCACCUUCCGAGCCACGUCCCUCCCGGACUGGGCCAGCGUUCUCCUCGUGGCUAUUCCGUUCCUCAAGGACUACGGCGACAACUUGCAUUUAGUGCGGCAGACCUUCCAUCCUCCGUUCCCUCUCAGGCAUCUCCACAUUCUUUCCAGACGCCUCCAGCCUAUGUCCCACGCCAGCAUCAGCAUCCUCUAAUGACCGGUUUUUCGGGAGAGUUACAACCACGUCCACCACCUCCUAUCCCAACCACUGCUCACCCCCAGUCUCAAAGCUCUCCCCUCAGCCACAGUCGGUUGGGCUCCCUUUGGCAGGAUUGCGGGCUUCAGGACUCCCGAAUGUACAAGGAAUCACCUCUUCACUCUAGAAACUACUCUGCACUAAACCAACAACCUCAGCCUCAGGCAAACUGGGAUCCAAAUUAUCAGCAUUCCCCUAAGCCUUGCUAUGACCUCUUUUCUUAUAAGAGUCUUCCAGGACUCCAUAGCAAACCUUGGCACUCUCUCUGGAGCCAGCAGGUCCAUUCAUCACCCCGUGGCCUUUCAGCAUCGAGCCUCCCAACGCAACAACAGCUGCCUCCAGCGCCUCAGCGCCAGGAGCCUCCCGGCUUGGGUCGAUACCACGACCUCAGGGAGCAGGUGUUUGUCAACUUGUGCGGCAUCUUCCCUCCGGAUCUGGUGAGGAUGGUGAUGAACAGGAACCCUCAUGUGAUGGAUGCUCAGGAGCUCGCCGCUGCAAUUUUGUUGGAGAAAUUGCAGCACGGAUCUUGAACACAGACAGAAGAUGAAGUUGAAGCUUCAUGUUUACUUGGCUCACUACUGCAGGUUUAUCCCUUGCGAUCAUCUUAACUAUUAAAGUCAGGUCGGACAACAAACCAAAUGAUGUGAGACUCCUUAAGCAGUCGCGGCUGCUAAAACUGCAAGUUUUUAAUUGCAGGGAAGUCAUCUCAUUACUUGUAAUGGUAUUCUUUUGUAAAGUGAAAUUCCAAAAUUGCCAUAUUUUUGUAUAAGUACGCCUGCUAUUUCAGCACUUAAGAUGAGGAGUGGUCGGGGUUUAAUUCGCCUUUUUUGAGCGGUUGUGAGUCAAGACGCCAUCGUGCUUAAGUAUCUUUAAAUGUGUUUUCGAGGUUGUUGUUUAUUUUUAAUUAAUUUAUUUGUUACAUUAUAAGUUAUUUAAAUACUUUUAAAAUUAUUGUUUUUUUGGCACUUUUUGUUAUUAUUGUUGUUUUUUUUUUUCGGGCAAUCAUAUCAGGGUAUGAGUAUGAGCUAAAAUUUGUGCCAUCCAUCUGAGGGAAAUAUCUGUUUUUCAGCUGCUCACACAACAAUAUGGGGUUCGUUAAAGAAUAUAAUCAAUCAAUGUAUCAAUAUAAUCAACCCGGCAAUUGCUCUGCCACAUUGCGAAUGCGUUCCCACCGUAUUUGUAACUCUUGAAUAAGCUCAACAAAGGGUUUUCUUUAUGAGCUGGCAGGUGGCAGAUCAGUUGUUGUGAGUUUUUUGUGGAUUUCCCCCAACAGGGAAGUGAAACUCAAACGGCAUCCACAAAAGGAGACAGCAAAAACUCCACUUGAAAACCCCAAGCAGUUGUUGGUGUUUGAAUUAGAGUUAUUUCCUCUGCCAGGAUAGCCCUGUCAGCUGACUUCACGGUUCAUCAGCUUUCAGUACUUAUUUUUUUUAUUUUUUUUAACAGUUCGUUUUUUUCUUCUUUUAAAUUAAACCCCAGUGGCAGCUCAGAGCACGGUCACCUGAAAUGUUUAGAUGGAACAAAGAUAGCUGGUAUUAUUAUUAUUAUUUUUUUUUUUAUUUAAAUGAUGUGUUAAUUUAUUACCUUUGAUGUGCGUGAAUGUCUGCAGUGCAUGAGACACUGGGUCUUCUCUGUUGGUGGCAUCACCUCCAGAGGUUUCUGGACCCUGAUCUGUUAAAUAUACAGAAAUCCACUACUUUGCAGUACAAGUUGGGAACUUUUCUCAGGGGUAAUAAUGAUCUCGCUGGUUAAAUUAAAACCGAGUAGGUUGAUAAGGAAAAGAAAAAGUGCAAAAUAUUACUAGUUCCUGUUGUAAUUUCACCAUUUCCAUGACUCCAUUCAUCAUUAGAGCUAAGAAAUAACCAGGAGUAAUCAUUAUAACUAAUUCUAAAUUCCUUCUCCCCUUAAAAACACGUUAAGUGCCGUGUGUGCGCUAUCUCAAUGAAACUCACUUUGAGUUGCAUGUGUUGAUUUUUUUAUUUUAUUUUUUAUUUUUUUUUUACCUCCACAGGUGCGGUUACUUUAAUGGCCCGAGGAGCAGUUCGUAAAACUAAAACUAAUUUCUAAAUGCCAGAAGACACCUCUUUGUUGAUACAAAUUGUAUCCUAUGAACUUCAGAGAUCAUUGUUUUAUAUGAAAAACAAAAAAAAAAUAGUAUUUAAACAGAAAUAUGUUGAAUAUCGUGUGGUGAAGAUCGUUGUGUCACUUUUUAGUUUUUUUUUUUGUGGGUGAUUUAAUUUUUAUUCCCUUCUUUUUCAAGUGCAGGAGGAAAGAGAAAUGCACUUUUUGGAGACAGUUAUAGUUUAUCAGUAAACUGAAAGCGCGGUAUUAUGUAGCUCCGUUUAUGAAACCUGGCGAGGUGGAAGCACAUAGAGAAGGGAAAAGGAUCAGGGUUAAAGGUGACUUGUUCUCAUUACUCUUGAGACAGAUUGAGCCUAAACACACUUCCCUUCAGAGGGCAAAGCAACCAGAACCAACAUUUUCAGUUAAGAGCAACCACAGCAAAAAAAGAAAUUAGGGUUUAAUGAGUUCUCGGAUUCGGCUGCAGGCUCUGAGGUCUGUUAACAUCUGUACUAAACAAUCCAAUGGCAAGUGGCUUCAUGCACAGCCGCCAACACACCCAGGACAUAUUUGAGGUUUUUAAAUCACAUUUGGAAUUGGUCUGCGAUCCUUGUUUACACAUUCUGUCACCAGCGUGUAGACGUGACGCUACUCCUACAUAAAUGGAGUCUCACCCCCUUUAAUCACCACUGCAAUUUUGCAAGAUUACUUGAAAAAGACAAAAGCACUGAGCUUUUUUUUUUUAAUUAUAUAUAUAUAUAUAUAUAUAUAUAUAUAUAUAUAUACACACACACACACACACACAUGUACUUGUUAACUGAUUAAGCGUGUUCAAAAGCUGGUACAUUGAUUUGUAAGUCAGGCUCCAUUGUAUAACUUGUCACCUGUCAUUUUCGUACCACUUUGUAGCCAACAGUACAUCAAACCUGACGUGUUCCCCACCCUGCCGGUCUGGCACCGUGUGCCAGUGCUUUCUGCAGAGUUUGCACCAUCACAUCUUUCUUAACCUCCUGUUGUCCUCAAAAGGAGACGCUUUUGUCUGCCAUGUACUGGUAGCGAAGGGUCAAAACACUUGUUUAUUUAUGCUUUAUUAACUUUCCUAGUUUGAUGCAACAUGAAAAUUUAACAAGUACAUGUUUGAGGACGUUGGGAUUUCAUUGUUUACAAUUCUGCUUUUGCAUGAAAACAAACAGUUUUAAUUUUUGGUUCACAUUGGUGACUUAAAUUGCAUCAUAAAGUGAAAUAAUCCCUAAGAUUUUAAAUACUUCUUAGAUCUUAAUCUUCCAAACAAAUGCUUGGGUCUCAGGAGGUUAAACGAACCCUCUAAAGCUGUUGCAGAUAUUUCCUAUGAAGCGUGUGAGCCCAAAGACUAUUUUUCUAUCGCCGUGUACUUGUUAAAUUGCUAUUUUUAUUUUAAAAAUUGUUGUCGGUGUUGCUGACUAAGGGUGUGAAAUUAUUGUUGCUAGCUGUGCAAACACAAUUAUGUGUGCGGAUUUCUUGACAAAGUGAGUUCAGACUGAACACGGAAUAACUUUCUUGCAGCGUUUAUGCAGAUUUGGGUUUAACUGUAUGCGGCUGUUAAAAUGUUUGGUGGCUAGCGCCUGACAUGAUGUUGAAAGGACCAGUGUGUAGGAUUUAGACGCAUCUUCCAAGUCUGUAGGAGGAACCUUCCACCACUUCAUCUCCAUCCAAUGCAAAAUACCCUCUCUAGUACACAAGGAAAGACAUUUACUGCCGUUAUCCUGAGAUUAACACUUAAUUAUGAUGUUACUUCAAAGAGAGUUCAUAAAGGAAGGAGACGGGACCAUUAACCUGUGGACUUCACAGAUGAGAAAGCUGUAACAGAUUUAUGAGUAAAAACAUGUGGUUCAUAUCCUGAGAAAUGUUCGUCUCAAGAUAAAGAGAUAAAUUAAUAUGUUAUUAUGAAAGAAAUUUUGCUGUCUGCAGAUAAUGGAAGUAAAAAAAAUAUUUAAGCACGUUUCUCAGCUUCAUACUGGUUGAGCAAUUGUUUGUCCACUAUGGGCUACCGUAGAAACGCCUAUAAACGUUUCUUGCGUUUAACUUAACUGCAAGGACGAUUUAAGUAAGUGGAGUCACCUUCAAAAAAAAAAAAAAUCUUUUUCUUUGUUCAAGUUCUUAGAUUUUAAACUUUGCCCUGGAGCUGGUGGCAGCGCACGUCACCGAAAUCAAGACGUGACACAUAUUUGGCUGAGCGAGCACAACGCAACACCAGCCAUCACAGACAAGCCUCGACCAAUAAAUUCAGUUGUCAUUUUGUCUUUCACAUUCAUUCAUCUGUAACUGCUUGAGUCGGUUCCAGUACGAAGGUGCUUCUGUUGUCCUUUGUGCUCCGGCUUCAGUCUGAACACACCUUUAAGAAUUUAAACGUCUCAGCCGAUGUUCAUUCGUCUGCCGUUCCUGCAUGUACGUUUAUUUUAUUCGUUGAGAUUUUUUGUAAAAUGCAAACUGUCCCUGUUUAUUGACACCUUUAUUUCUAAUGUGCUUUAAUUCAGCUUAAUUUCUGCUAGAAAAUAAAGUGACCGCGGCCUCUUCAGGGACCAAAGCCAGGUUUAAAAAAAAAAAAAAAAAAAAAAAAAAAAAA